GUGGGAAUCAUGAAAAUCUUCCCUGGACGAGUUCUCUCCUCUGUUUUCCCUCUCGCUCGCGUGCUUGCAAGAUGAAGGAUUCGCAGGCCAGGUUGGUGCAGGAGCUGGUUCUGUACGCUGCUAGUGCUGCGCUGAGCAGCCUCGUCCUCUUUAUGGGGCUCCGUCAUCUCGACCCCAACCGCGACGCCUCCAAGAAAGCCCUCGCGCAGAAGAAGGAGAUCGCCAAGCGACUCGGCCGCCCCUGCAUCCAGACUAACCAAUACGAGGAUAUUAUUGCCUGUGAUGUUAUAAAUCCAUACCAUAUUGAUGUUGAGUUUGACUCAAUUCGCGGGUUAGAAAAAAUCAAGAAUGCGUUGUUUGAGUUGGUCAUUCUUCCAUUGAAGCGACCCGAAUUGUUUUCCAAUGGAAAGUUACUUACCCCGCAGAAAGGUGUCUUACUCUAUGGACCUCCAGGUACUGGAAAGACAAUGCUAGCUAAGGCACUAGCCAAAGAAUCUGGAGCAGUUUUCAUUAACGUACGAAUGUCCAAUCUGAUGAGCAAAUGGUUUGGUGAUGCUCAAAAACUUGUGACUGCGGUGUUCACUCUGGCCUACAAACUCCAGCCUGCUAUUAUUUUCAUUGAUGAAGUGGACAGCUUCCUCGGACAGCGUCGUAAUACAGAUCACGAAGUUCUGACUAAUAUGAAAACUGAAUUUAUGUCCUUAUGGGAUGGUUUCACGACAGAUCAGAAUGCACGUGUCAUGGUUUUAGCUGCUACAAAUAGGCCAAGUGAGCUGGAUGAAGCUAUACUUAGGCGAUUUCCGCAGACUUUUGCGAUUGGGAGGCCCGAUCAAACUGAGAGAUCUAAGAUACUCCAGGUAAUUUUAAAGGGGGAAAAGGUUGACAAAGAUAUUGACUAUGAUAACAUAGCCCAGCAAUGUGAAGGCUUUACAGGUUCGGAUAUUUUUGAGCUUUGCAAACAGGCAGCCUACAUUCCAGUUAGAGAGUUGUUGCAAGCUGAGAAGGAUGGAGAAGGCCACAAUGCUCAAAGAGCAUUGAAGCAGUCAGACUUGGAGAAGGCCCUAUCAACUGUCAGAAAGGAUAUAAGAUCAACAUUUGGAUACCAAUCAAGCUCACAAUCACCUCCAUGGGAUUGUCCGACGGAUUCAGAUGACGGUCAGGUGCAGAACGCCAUCGUCCAAAUCUCAAAAAUAAUGUCUCGUAUUAUGAACAGCCAGUCUGAAGCUCCUGAGCCUUAGAAACUGUCGUAUUGUUUUUGGAGCAGCUUCCUCACCUAGCCUUUGGGAAGCAGCUCUGUAGUUUUUAAUAUAUUCGUGCUUUAGGGGAUGAUGUUUUUAGUGUUGCUUGGAAAGUAAUGGAAAAUAGUAGGCAAAUAACGGAUUAAAUAGUACGUGUGGAUAGGUAGGUGGGAAUAGGUACAGAUUUGAUGGUAUCGUCGUGGCAUUCAUCACAAUAUCUCCUAAAUACCACCAAUCCGUAUGUACAGAUUCCGCGCGUAAUUUGCGAGCUACCGAGCAAGUGGAGUUAUAUUUUUGUUUA